UUCUUGUUCUCUUUUAUUGAAAAUGAAUAUAAGUGCAACUUUGAACUCCAUUAGAUUAUUAUUUAAUCCCAAUUUAGCCUUACCUCAUCAAGUUUGCAAUGAUUUCAAUUCGAUAAAGGUUCCGAUCGGACAGUUUAUUAUACAAAAUCAGCCUAAAAUAAAAGCAAUAGUUCUUGAUAAAGAUAAUUGUUUCGCUGAAAAGGGUGAUGAUAAAGUAUAUGCUGGAUACACUGAAAAGUGGAAAGAACUAAUAAACUAUUAUUCUAAAAACAAUAUUCUUAUUGUCAGCAAUUCUGCGGGGACAAAUGAUGAUAUUAAUCAUUCACAAGCCAAAAUACUUGAAAAAGAAACAGGAAUAGCUGUUUUAAGGCAUUCCACAAAGAAACCUGGGUGUUAUAAUGAAAUAAUUGAUCAUUUUAAGAAAAGGGGUAUUGUUAAUGGUCCUGAGGAGAUAUUAAUUGUUGGAGAUCGAUUAUUUACAGAUGUUUUAAUGGCGAAUUUAAUGGGGUCUUGGAGUAUUUGGAUUAAAAAUGGAGUGGUAAGGUCCGAGAGUAUCAUUUGUAAAUUUGAAAGAUAUUUGUAUAAAAAUUUGGUAAAAAACUCAAACAACUUUCCUCAAUUUCCUAAAAAUGCAAACAAUUUUCCUAAAGGAUUUAAAUAAAUAUUAUUUAUAGAAUAUAAAUAAAAAACCAAAAUAAAGUAAAAUAAAAUGAAAUGAAAUGAAGUAAAGUGAAAUAAAGAAAAAUGAAAUAAAAAAUGUUUGAGAAUUAAACAAAAU